ACAUUGAUAAAGAUACUUUUGUCUUGUAAUCUGUUUUGGGGUUAAAUAAAUUCAAUAUUUUUGCAUCAAAGAUUGUUUUAUUAGUUUAAACUGUAUCCAGCCGGAUUAGCAACGUCGACCGUAACCUGCUGAGUUUUAUUCAGAAAGCACAACCGGAAACGCUAAAGCAGCCCUUUUUUUUGAACUCGUCUUUCAGUGGACCAAACUAGUGGAAUAAAGAGAAAUGAAUGCCAACAUUUCUAAAAGAAAGCGCGGUUUUGCUACCUUUUAAACAACCUUAAAUAUUAUAAGUAAUAUAUUUUUAAAAAGUCAAAUUCCAAAAAGUGGCGGAUAUGUCGACCAAGAAGUUAGCCAAGGAAUUGGGACUGCUGAGGCAGCGAAGUCAAACCUCCAUUGGCUUGAAAAAGACUCUGUUGUCAAAUCAAGUGUUUUCAUAUCUGAUCGUCAUUGACUUUGAGUCCACUUGCUGGAGAGAGAAAAAGAACUCCAGUCAAGAAAUAAUCGAGUUCCCCGCUGUUCUUCUAAAUACGUCCACGGGGGAGAUUGAGUCUGAGUUCCACACGUAUGUUCAACCUCAGGAGCAUCCAAUACUUUCAACCUUCUGCACUGAGCUCACCGGCAUAACACAGAUGCAAGUUGAAGCGGGGGUCCCCCUCCAGAUCUGUCUGUCUCAGUUCAACCGCUGGCUGCAGAAGCUGCGGCUGGAGAAAGGCGUGGUCUUUCCGGCCCACCAACAGACCUCUUCCAGUCUUCCGCCUUCCCAAAAGCUCUGCGCUUUUCUCACGUGGUCGGACUGGGAUCUUGGGGUGUGUUUGCACUACGAGUGUAAACGCAAGCAGAUCCACAAGCCAGAUGUGGUCAACAGCUGGAUCGACCUGAGGAGCACAUACAGGAUUUUUUACAGCAGGAAGCCCAAAGGGUUGAACGGAGCGCUACAAGAUCUGGGAAUACAGUUCUGUGGGAGAGAACAUUCCGGCGUGGACGACGCUCGCAACACCGCUCACCUGGCAGCGAGGAUGAUGAGGGACGGCUGCGUGAUGAAGAUCACGAGACGCUUGGAGAGGACGCCAUCAGCGCUAAGAAACAAAACGGAAGCAAACAGGCCAACAUUCUCCACUAUGUCGUCCGUUGCAAACGCCACUAAAGUCCUAAAUCCAGAGGACAAGUCCAGCCCUAAGGUGUCAGUCCCAGUCUGUCAGAGUCUGGUGUCUCCAAAGACUCUCCUCAACGAUACGACGUCGCCUCCCUGGGCUCCCCGGAGCAGCAGGACGAGGUGCAGCACAGCGGCUCACGUCUCCUCCCCGCACUUGAACACCGACCUGCUUCUGUGCUCCACGGUCCUCGGAGGCCUCCAGCAGCACCAGGAUACAAGACCCGGACCUGGACUCGCAGGGCGGGACGAGGAGCAGGUGGAGGAGUUGGCAGCGGAAGACGAAGACAGGUGCGGGUCCUACGACGAUGUGGCGCUGGAUGACGUCGGCUUGGACUCCACGGAGGAGGGUUCAUUGGAACUUGUCUCGGACUAUGACAGCGGGUGUUACGUGUGGUGGGACCCUGAGGAACCUCCCACUGAUCCAGUCCCUUUGGGAGGAGAAGCUGGACAUGUCUCUGGUGGACCACAUGCUGGCUUUGCAGUUCCUCAAACGCUUCCUAAACGACAUCUCCAUCAAGCUGCGGCAUUGACUAAAACCAUGAAGACGCCCUCCCUUUUUCAGUCCAAAACCUUCAUCCCAGAAGGGACAUCCACCCCUAUUGCCGCCAUUUUCCGUCCCAAAAAAGGCAUGGCGCCGUCCUUCACCGUCCUCGCCGACCCCGUGACGAGGGUGGCAACUCCCGGCUCCCGCAACGUCGCCAAGACCGUCCUCUCCUCGCUAUCCAUUAACGUCCCGCGCGGGGGGAAGAUGACCUCACCGCUGUGCGACUGCGGCCGCCGCUCAAGGCGUCUGCGGGUGUCCAACGGCGGUCCCAACCAAGGCCGGGGCUUCUACUGCUGCGCCGUGCGGCGGUCGGCCCAGAAGGGCUGCGAGUUCUUCAAGUGGGAGGCGGCCACGUCCGUCUCGCUCCGUCUCACCGACAAAACGCUCGGCCCGCGUUUGCCCCAGAGGAAGAGCUGCUAGCUUGAGUUCAUGUGAGGGGCCUCGUUCUUGUUGCUAGGCAGAUUUUGGAAUGGGAGAUAGUCACAAGGCCAAGAAAGGACAGGGAAAGCAGACAUGAGCGUACACAUUUUUGCCGACUUGUCCAGGGUGUACCCAGCCUACCGCCCGAAUGCAGCUGAGAUAGGCUCCAGCACCCCUCGCCAUCCCGAAAAGGACAAGCGGAAAAAAAUGGAUGGACUUUAAAAACACAAGAAUGAUGAAUUUACUUCUUUUAAAUACAUACUUUUUUUAACAGAAUAUCUUUGAGCACAGUGCCAUCUGCUGGAUCAGGUCAUGCACUGCAGAAUCAUCACUUUUUACUCAUGUUAAAAAACAAAGGCAUUUUAAUUAGUACAACAAUUUUAUUAAAUAUAGCUAUUGUUAAAACUCCCCCGGGGGUGUCCGUACCCGAUAUUAAUAUCGCCAUAUCGGCCCCGUAUCAACAAACAAAAAAUGUCGGAUUAUUUUAAAAGUUAAAGUUAACCAUAGUCCAAUGAUAGUCACACACACACACUAGGUGUGGCGAAAUUAUUCUCUGCAUUUGACCCAUCCCCAUGUUCAUCCCCUAGGAGGUGAGGGGAGCAGUUUUAGGCGCAAAGUUCAAAAGCCAGCAUCUGUGAUGGUAUGUGGGUGUAUUAGUGCCCAAGGCAUGGGUAACUUACACAUCUGUGAAGGCACCAUUAAUGCUGAAAGGUCCAUACAGGUUUUGGAACAACAUAUGUUGUCAUCCAAGCAACGUUACCAUGGACGCCACUGCUUAUUUCGGCAAAACAAUGCCAAGCCACAUGUUACAACAGCGUGGCUUCGUAGUAAAAGAGUGCGGGUACUUUCCUGGCCCGCCUGCAGUCCAGACAUGUCUCCCAUAGAAAAUGUGUGGCGCAUUAUGAAGCGUAAAAUACGACAAGACCGUGGACUGUUAAACAACUUAAGCUGUACAUCAAGCAAGAAUGGUAAAGAAUUCCCCUUUCAAAGCUUCAACAAUUAGUUUCCUCAGUUCCCAAACGUUUAUUGAGUGUUGUUAAAAGAAAAGGCGAUGUAACACAGUGGUGAACAUGCCCUUUCCCAACUACUUUGGCACGUGUUGCAGCCAUGAAAUUCUAAGGUAAUUAUUUGCAAAAAAAUAAAAAACGUU